AUUUGACGAGGAAAGUUUGUUUUUGCAUGAUCUUCGUCUUCGAUUUCGUGCGGGUGCUUAGUCGUCAGGAAAACAAAUAAUCUGAGGUUUUUCAGAAUAUUUGGCCCAGAUUUCGAAUUAAUUAGGAAUAUUUUGCGACUUAGUAAUAUCAUCAAAGUACAUCAAUUAGUCGUCAUAUGUGAUUGAUAACGUUACUGUUGAUGACUGUAAUUCUCACUACAGUGCCACGAAGCAACAUUGGCCGUCUAUAGAAAUAAGGAGGAAAUAUCCAAUUUUUUCUCCAGAUUUCGAAGAGCACCAUUAUUGAUUAGUUAUUGACAUCGUCGAGCAAAAAUAAAUCGAUAAACCGUCAUCAGGUCGGACAAUGGUGAAACUGUACGCCGUCAGUGUCUUUUACAAGGCUCCCAAUGAAGCCCGAUUGCUGAAAUCAGCGUACGAUCUGCAAAGUUUCUCAUUCUUCCAAAGAGGUUCGGUACAGGAAUUCAUAAGUUUUGCUAGCAAAACGCUAGUCGAACGUACGCAGGCGGCUGCCCGUCAAUCCGUCAAGCAAGAUGUCUACAUGUGCCACGUCUACGUUCGGGCGGACAACCUCGGGGCGGUGCUCAUCUCGGACCACGAAUAUCCUCACCGUGUGGCCCACACGCUGUUAACCAAGGUGAUGGACGACUUCAACGCCAAAAUCGGUAAGGACCAGUGGCCUUCGGGAAACGAGUCAUCGAUCGACUUCAGCACACUACCGGCUACGCUCAGCAAGUACCAGGAUCCACGGGAAGCGGACGCCCUCACCAAAAUGCAGGAAGAUCUGGACGAAACGAAAAUCAUUCUCCGGAAUACGAUAGAGGCUGUGUUAGAGCGAGGCGAAAAGCUUGAUGAUCUGGUAUUUAAAUCCGAAGAGCUUUCGAUACAGAGUAAGGCAUUCUACAAAACGGCAAAGAAGACCAACUCGUGCUGUAACUUUGGAUAGAUCUUCGUUAGAUAGCGACACGCGCAACUGGUUAUCUAAACAUUUCAACAACCCACCAAACGCGAAUGCAAGGAAAACAUCUUUUUCUUAUGGUUAAAUUGUUGAAAUCCAAUUCGCUUUUUAAGCAAAAGAGAGAUUCUCAAGGUGGCACCGUAAUCUGUAGACAAGUCUAUUUUUAGUAUCUGUAUUUCAUAAUUAAUUUUAUUCAAUAUGACAUUUAUGCAAUAUGAAACUCAUUUCAAGCGAUAAUGUGGAAUAUUGAGUGGAAUUUUAAAAUAGGGUUUUCAGUUCCAAAAUACUCCAUCCGAUGUCAGUCAAAUCAAUGAUUAUUGCAUGCCAAAAAAAAAAACUAAAUUAAAAUCAGCAUUAUUUUUACGUUUUAUUUGCAAUGCUACGGAAGGUAAUUAUAAAAUGAGACAUUUGUGAGGCGUUUUGUGCCAUCACAAACAUCAUAUUCGGGGUUAAGAUUGUAUUCAACGGUGCACUUAAAAUAUAAAUUCACUAAUAAAUUCGAUGCGAACGCAAAACAGCAUUCCGUUAUUUAUGACAAAUGCAAAUGCUUCUAGAAUGUUGUGAAAAGAAAAUACAUGUAGGUAUCUAAAUACAAUAACAAUUGGUCGUAUUACAAAAUGGAUACAAUUGAUGGAGAACCUGGUAAAAUCUUGAUUUUAACCAACAAUAACUAUAACACUAAUUACAUAUACAUAACUAGCUGUUGUUCACAAAUACGAGCAUUCUAAUGGCACAAGGUUCUACCUACAUACUCUCCAGUAUUAACAUAUGCUGGUGGAUACACUGAAUACAAUAAAUGCCUUCGCCAUGAA